ACUGCGGGGCCGUGGCCGCGAGCUGCAACAUGGCGGCGCCGGGCCCGCGGUUGUUCCUGGCGGCGGCCGCGCUGCUGCUCCUGGCCGGCGCCCGGGCCCUGGCGCCCAGCCACCGUCUCACCGGCCGCGACCUGGCGCGGCUGCGGGCGGCGCUGGAGCGGCCCUUCGCCGACCUGCAGGGCGCCUUCCACUCCAUCGUGGGCCUCAGCAGCCUGGGCGCGCGGGUGGCCGACGAGAAGGCUGCUUGCAAUUUCAUCAAAUCUAAUGCAGACUCCAGCAGCGUCGAUUCCCUUUUUUAUGCUGCACAGUCCAUCCGAGUCCUGUCUGGAUGUGAGGUUACUGUUUCAAAUGAGACAAGGGAGUUGCUUCUUGGAGCUGUCAGUGAGGAUUCUUCUGUCACCCAGAUCUUCCAUGCUGUUGGGGCCCUGAGUGGCUUUGGCCUUCCUUUAGCAUCUCAGGAAGCACUUAGUGCUCUUACUGCUCGUCUUAGCAAAGAAGAAAGCGUGCUGGCAACCAUCCAGGCUUUGGAAACGGCGUCUUAUUUGUCCCAGCAGGCAGACCUAAGUGGCAUUGUUGAAGAAAUAGAGGAUCUUGUUGCUCGCCUGGAUGACCUGGGUGGAGUUUAUCUGCAAUUCGAAGAAGGAAUCGAGACUACUGCACUAUUUAUUGCUGCUGCCUAUAAGCUGUCGGACCAUGUGGGUACAGAGCCAGCAAUGAAGGAGGAUCAAAUUAUUCAGUUGAUGAAUGCAAUUUUUAGCAAAAAGCAUUUUGAGACGCUUUCAGAGGCCUUCAGUGUUGCUUGUGCUGCAGGUGCUUUAUCUCGGAACCGUUACCACUUGCCUGUCAUUAUUGUCCCUGAUGGGCCUGCAGCUGUCUCUCACCAUCAGCCUGUGCUCAGGCUACAAGUGACCGACGUUAUGUCUCAGCCACUGACUCAAGCUUCUGUGAAGCUAGACUAUGCUAAGUCCGCAUCUACCAAAGCUAUUGUCCUUCAACAGACAGCAUUUGCUUUGUCAGAAAAUACCUUUGAGCUGAACUUCAUGAGUAUCAAACCUGCAAGUGGAUAUUAUGAUUUCUCCAUCAGUGUUGAUGGAGAUAAACGAUUUAUUGCUAACAAAGUUGAGUUGAAAGUAAAAGUUUCCACAGAGGUUGGGGUUACAAAUGUAGAUCUUUCUACCGUGGAUAAAGAUCAGAGCAUUGCGCCAAAAACAACCAGAGUAGCUUAUCCAGCCAAAGCCAAGGGUUCAUUCACUGCUGACAGCCAUCAGAAUUUUGCUUUGUCCUUCCAGCUGAUAGAUGUGAAUAGUGGAGCUGAGCUCAUCCCUCACCAGACUUUUGUCCGACUUCACAACCAAAAGACUGGCCAAGAGGUAGUGUUUGUUGCAGAACCAGAUAGCAAGAAUGUAUACAAAUUUGAGCUGGACACUUCUGAGCGAAAGACCGAGUUUGACUCUGCUUCUGGUACCUAUACUCUUUACCUGAUCAUUGGAGAUGCCACUCUGGAAAAUCCAAUCCUGUGGAAUGUGGCUGAUGUUGUUAUCAAAUUUCCAGAAGAGGAUGCUCCAUCCACAGUCCAGUCCAAGAACCUCUUUGUACCCAAACCUGAAAUCCAGCACCUGUUCAGGGAACCUGAGAAGAGGCCUCCUACUGUGGUGUCUAACACAUUCACAGCACUGAUUCUCUCCCCCUUGCUUUUGCUGCUCAUUCUGUGGAUAAAGAUUGGUGCCAACAUCUCCAACUUCAGUUUUGCUCCCAGCACCAUUCUUUUUCACAUGGGACAUGCUGCAAUGUUGGGACUCAUGUAUGUCUACUGGACUCAGCUCAACAUGUUCCAGACUCUAAAGUACUUGGCCAUUCUGGGUGGUGUGACAUUUCUGGCAGGCAACAGGAUGCUGGCCCAGAAAGCAGUAAAACGGAUCGCUGCAGAGCAGAGCAGUAGGUUGGCAAAGUAUAGAACACUGCGAUAAAAAGGGGUUUUGCUAGUGACCAGCUCUUCUAGAAAACACACUAGUACCAGAAGAAUGGAAGAAAUGGAGAAAACAAAGCAAAUGUCUUCAGGAAAGAGGUGAAUAAGUAACUGAAAGACCGAAAGAAGGAAGGCAGAAGCUGAAAUUUUUUUUAUAUAUUAAGUCAAGAGGUUCCAGUUAUACUUUUUUUUUUUUAAAAAAAAAAACUGUUUUCCACAAUUGUGUUUAAUGCUGCUUGAGUACUUUUCACGUGAAUCCAGCAAAUUUUCUCCCUUGAAUCCUCCCCCAGUUCAUCCCCCCAGGACAUUUGAGUUUCCUUUAGGAAAUAAAAGAAAAAAUGAAAAUAAUAAUUCUGCCUUUCCCUAGGCACCCUCUCCUCAUCCCAUACACCUGUGAAUAAAGAGGAAAGAAUGGUUUGA